UUCUGCACCGAGUCCAAACCUACAGUCACUGGGUCCUGAUUGUGACAGUGGAGCCCAGUUUGCACUGCAGGAUCCAGAGAUGGCAUCAGUGAAGCUGGAAGACUGCAGUCAAACACUGGAGUUGAAUGUCAACAUUAAAGAUGAAGAAGAGGAGGAGAAGAUUGGGAAAUCUGUUUCUCAUGGUAUGAGGCCGGUAACAUCAACAGUGAGGACAAACCCAGCCCUCCUCUCUCCUUCCACACUGAGUCCAAACCUACAGUCACCUGGUCCUGAUUGUGACAGUGGAGCCCAGUUUGCACUGCAGGAUCCAGAAAUGGCAUCAGUGAAGCUGGAAGACUGCAGUCAAACACUGGAGCUGAAUGUCAAAAUUAAAGAUGAAGAAGAAGAGGAGAAGAUUGGGACAUCUGUUAAUCAUGGAUUAGAAUUAAGUCUGAGGCCGGUAACAUCAACAGUGAGGACAAACCCAGCCUGCCUCUCUCUUUCCACACUGAGUCCAAACCUACAGUCACUGGGUCCUGAUUGUGACAGUGGAGCUCAGUUUGCACUGCAGGAUCCAGAGAUGGCAUCAGUGAAGCUGGAAGACUGCAGUCAAACACUGGAGUUGAAUGUCAACAUUAAAGAUGAAGAAGAGGAGGAGAAGAUUGGGAAAUCUGUUUCUCAUGGAGACCAUGUUGAGACAUUCUCUAUAUCCAGAGAGCAACAGCAGGAAGAUCACAGAGCUAAGAGGUCUCACCACUGCCCAUAUUGUGAGGAGAUUUUCCCAAUUCUAUCAAAGCUAAAAAUACACACAGGAAACAAUCUUUAUUUCUGCGCUGACUAUGGAAAAUGCUUCACAACAUCAACUCAUCUAAAAGUUCAAAAGCUUUUCUCCUGCUCUGAUUGUGGGUUCAUCAGACAACACACAGAAGAGAAGCCUUACUCCUGCUCUGACUGUGGAAAGAUUUUCUCUCAACUGGGCCACCUAAAAACACAUGAACGUUUACACACAGGAGAGAAGCCUUACUCCUGCUCUGACUGUGGAAGGAGUUUCUCUCACCUGCGUACCUUAAAGAACCAUGAACGUAUACACACAGGAGAGAAGCCUUACUCCUGCUCUGACUGUGGGGCGAGGUUCUCUCGACUGGAAACCUUAAAAAAACAUGAACGUAUACACACAGGAGAGAAGCCUUACUCCUGCUCUGACUGUGUCAAAUGUUUCACAACAUCAGCUCAGCUAAAAGUUCAUCAGACAACACACACAGAAGAGAAGCCUUACUCCUGCUCUGACUGUGGAAAGAUUUUCUCUCAACUGGGCCACCUAAAAAAACAUGAACGUAUACACACAGGAGAGAAGCCUUACUCCUGCUCUGACUGUGUCAAAUGUUUCACAACAUCAGCUCAGCUAAAAGUUCAUCAGAGAACACACACAGAAGAGAAGCCUUACUCCUGCUCUGACUGUGGGGCGAGGUUCUCUCGACUGGAAACCUUAAAAAAACAUGAACGUAUACACACAGGAGAGAAGCCUUACUCCUGCUCUGACUGUGGAAGGAGUUUCUCUCACCUGCGUACCUUAAAGAACCAUGAACGUAUACACACAGGAGAGAAGCCUUACUCCUGCUCUGACUGUGGGGCGAGGUUCUCUCGACUGGACACCUUAAAAAAACAUGAACGUAUACACACAGGAGAGAAGCCUUACUCCUGCUCUGACUGUGUCAAAUGUUUCACAACAUCAGCUCAGCUAAAAGUUCAUCAGAGAACACACACAGAAGAGAAGCCUUACUCCUGCUCUGACUGUGGGGCGAGGUUCUCUCGACUGGAAACCUUAAAAAAACAUGAACGUAUACACACAGGAGAGAAGCCUUACUCCUGCUCUGACUGUGUCAAAUGUUUCACAACAUCAGCUCAGCUAAAAGUUCAUCAGACAACACACACAGAAGAGAAGCCUUACUCCUGCUCUGACUGUGGAAAGAUUUUCUCUCAACUGGGCCACCUAAAAACACAUGAACGUUUACACACAGGAGAGAAGCCUUACUCCUGCUCUGACUGUGGAAGGAGUUUCUCUCACCUGCGUACCUUAAAGAACCAUGAACGUAUACACACAGGAGAGAAGCCUUACUCCUGCUCUGACUGUGGGGCGAGGUUCUCUCGACUGGACACCUUAAAAAAACAUGAACGUAUACACACAGGAGAGAAGCCUUACUCCUGCUCUGACUGUGUCAAAUGUUUCACAACAUCAGCUCAGCUAAAAGUUCAUCAGAGAACACACACAGAAGAGAAGCCUUACUCCUGCUCUGACUGUGGGGCGAGGUUCUCUCGACUGGAAACCUUAAAAAAACAUGAACGUAUACACACAGGAGAGAAGCCUUACUCCUGCUCUGACUGUGUCAAAUGUUUCACAACAUCAGCUCAGCUAAAAGUUCAUCAGAGAACACACACAGAAGAGAAGCCUUACUCCUGCUCUGACUGUGGAAAGAUUUUCUCUCAACUGGGCCACCUAAAAACACAUGAACGUAUACACACAGGAGAGAAGCCUUACGCCUGCUCUGACUGUGUAAAAUGCUUCAAAACAUCAACUGAGCUAAAAUUUCAUCAGAGAACACACACAGGAGAGAAGCUUUACUCCUGCUCUGACUGUGGAAAGAUUUUCUCUCAACUGGGCCACCUAAAAACACAUGAACGUAUACACACAGGAGAGAAGCCUUACGCCUGCUCUGACUGUGUAAAAUGCUUCAAAACAUCAACUGAGCUAAAAGUUCAUCAGAGAACACACACAGGAGAGAAGCCUUACUCCUGCUCUGACUGUGGAAAGAGUUUCUCUCACCUGGGCACCUUAAAACAACAUGAACGUAUACACAAAAGAGAGAAGCCUUAG